AUGCUUUUCCAGGGGCCAGACUCGACCUCCCGGUUCCUGCAGUGUGUCGGCUUGCCCUCCACAGACACAGGAAAAGACCACAUGCACAGGCUGAAAGCAAUGCUUGAGGGAGCAAUGGACGUGUACACCUUCAUGAAAUCCAGCAUGACCGGUGUGCCGAUCCUGAGCCUGGAAGGAGCUUUGGAUUUUAAUCCCGGAGCAGAACCUCUCCAGAAUGAAGCCCUGGUUCAGAUGUGGCUUGAGGUCAAAAUAAAACCUCUGCUAGGUUCCAUCACCAAACACUUCCUGUCAUGCCUCAGCACCAAGAAUUUCAGCUGCUCCACUUAUCAGACUGUAGUGAGAGAGCUCAGCCACUAUUACUCAGAGAUGAAUCCAGUCAGACAAAAGUGGAUCUAUACAUUCUUUAUGUACCCCUUCCUCUCUGGAGACAGAGUUACAGGCUGUGUUGACCAUGAUGAAACCAGCGAAGAAUGGCUGAUGAAGAAUUUUGGAGCUUUCAGAGCAAUGGCCCGAAUAAAUGACUUCACCAGCCUCAACAUGGUCUUCAGUGGCCUGGAAGUUCUCCACCUGCUGUCUCCUGUACAAAAGGCAGAGCUGCUCUUAAAACCUGAGGUGGCUGGUUUAGACAACGGCACUCUAACUCUGGUCUUCAACAGUUUGUUGUCCGGGGGCUCAGGUCCUCAUCCAACUGCCGGCCCUGGAAACACAUCUAUGGCCCCUUCUGGUUAUUCAUCUCCACAAAACACACUCACAGAGAUCGCAAAUGGAUUCAUGAAGGCUUUCAAACCGAUUGGGAGUUUUGCUCAUGAAUUUGUUUACUUUACACAUCAGAGAAAUGUUUCAGAAAUAAAAAGCACCACUUUGACUCAGUUCCUGCUCAACUGGACUCUGGCUGAGCUCGCAGACGUGUACACUCCACAUGAAGUGCCCAUGGUCCCAGAGACCCCGCAUUUUGAUGUGACCAAUGUGGAGGACUGGUUCCAGCAGGUGGUUUUGCCGCUGCUACGCAGAUUCCUGCCAGACGAUGGAGCCCUGAUGCACCAAAACAUCAAGCUCGCUUUUCACGAGCUGUACUUUUUGGACAAUGGUGAGGAAAAUGAAUAUGAUGAAAUCCAUGAUGUAUGCAGUGUCACCCUUGAUAAGGGCCCUUGUGGGCUGACGGAUGCAGUGGAGAACAUAGCCCACAUUUUGCACUGUGCUGCUCAAAGUGAGCUGAAAAUGACUGAGACAACAAUCAUGAGACUGAUCGAAGAGCUGGCUGAACGUCUAAACUCCCUGAUCAAAGAGUUCUUUACAACAAACUUCGCCGAGCUGGCGUCUGAGUUUAAGGAGAUAUUCAGCGAGAACGAGUCUCCAUCUCUGACCCAGCAUCACUUGGACGAUCCAGAAUUCAUCAAACUUUGGUUCCGGAUCAAACUACUGCCCUUGCUACCAGACAUAAACCCAGACCUUCUCUCCUGUCUUAGCACCAAGAACUUCUCCUGCCCUGUUUACCAAACCCUAGUGGCGGCACUGAGUGAGAGCAUGAUUUACAUGGAUGCUGACAUGAUGUACAGUCAGAACAUCUACAAACACUUCAUCUACCCUUUCCUGCUAAAUUACAAUGCCACAGAACUUCGGUGCGUCUCUUCAGCAAAUCAAAGCGCAGACUGGGUCAAGAUGAACUUUGGGUUCUUCUCAAGAUUUGCCUCUCUCCUUGACUUCUAUGAGCUCAACCCCCAUUUCUCUGGAUUGGAAGCUCUGCAGGUCCUGUCCUCAAAGCAGCUUGCAGAGAUGUUGCUGUUGCCUCUUCGUACUCCACCAGAGAGAGAUGUUGUGAUCCACAGUGUGUUUAACUUCUUGUUGGAGUCGCCAGAAGACAGAAAAUUUGCAGAUGUUCUGCACUUUAUGGUUCAGCUUGCUGGAGAGGUGAAUCCUCCAUGCAGUGUCUACAAAACCAUUUUUGAUCGAAUGUAUGGAGCCAUAACAAUGAUUUCCCCAAACCUGGAACCAGUUAUUUGGGCUGGCAUAGAUGAACUGAUGAGCAUUGCACCAGAGGGUACUUACAUCUGCCGAGGCAUCAACAGCUCUGAUCUUCAGUCUUACCUCAGCAAUUCCAAGCAAGUUUCAUGUAAAUUCACCUUGGAGGAAUAUGCUUGUGCACAGCUGGAGGACUUCACGGCCGAACAACUGGCUUCCCUGAUGAGAUGUAAUCUGCCUGGUAACAGCAGCCAUUCCAGGGUGCUGUGGAAGUUGCUGCUCACCAAACUCUCCAAUGUUUUGGACCCAGCACUGGACAUGCUGGCUAACACGUCACCAGGAAUAAUCCCAUCAGCAGAUACAAUCUUGGAUGUAAUUGAGGAGAUCAGGUUGUCAGCACUGACCGCUCAGGACCUGAUGAACAGCAGCGUGAUCAGGCUGUGGUUCACAGAACGUCUCAGCAGUUUCUUGCCAUCUGUAUCGGGGCAGUUUCUGCUCUGUCUGACCAGCAGGAACUUUAGCUGCGCAUCAUACCAGCAAAUACUACAGGUAUUUGUUAAGCACUUCGGGGAGAUGCCGUUACAGCAGCAGCAGGUGGUCUUAAGGGAUUUCAUCCUACGUUUCCUUCUAAAACCCUAUUCAGGUCCAGGAUGUUUGUCCUCCUUCAACAACAGUGCACAGUGGCUGACCGACAAUUUAGGUCCAUUUUCAGAGCUUCUGCUCGUCAGCGAGCUGCUUCAUCUCAACCCGCUCCUCAACCCUCUGGAAGCCAUACAGGUCCUCACACCAAAGCAGAGAGUUGAGCUGCUGGCCCUGAACCUUUCUGUAAAUACAGACACUGUCAUCAACAUGCUCUUUGAAUACAUGACCGCAGCGCCAGAGGAAAGGGGACUUACAGAGUUCCUGUCACACCUUGUCAUGUUCACUGAGAUGGGAAACCUUUCCUGUUCAUCCUACAAAACAUUGUUCACCAGACUGGAUGACGCCAUGGCAACAGCUUCUUCUAAGAUAGCUUCAUCCAUCACAUACACCAAACUGGCUUUAUCCAAACAACUACCACUUGGCUGCAUCAUAUACAGUGGAGAGUGUGAUGUAACAAUGCCAAAUGAGACAGAAAUCUGCAUUGGAGUCAACAGCACAGAGCUUCAGAUCCGCCUAGACAACGGAGCGAUGGCCGGACAGUUCUGCAGCUUCUCUGUUGAGGAGUUUGCCUGUGCCUCACUGUCAGAUUUAACAGCCCAGGACCUGGCAGCCAUGCUGAGGUGUGAUAGGGCCUUUAACACAAGUGGCUCCAAACCCGUCUGGAAGCUGUUCCUCUCCAAAGCCACGAUGGUCCUGGAUGAAGCUCUGGAUCUACUGAACAACACUAUGCUUGAACCCCAGAAUCCUUCUGCCUCCAUGAUCCUGGACUCCAUACGAGAACUCCGGUUGGAUGUUGCCAAGACAGUCAUCCUCAACGAUCCCACCUUCAUCCAGAUGUGGUUUGGCCGCCGCCUUCGUCCAUUCCUGCCGGCUGUUUCCCAAGACUUCCUUUCAUGUCUUACGACAAAAACACUAAACUGCAGCACCUACCAGUCCAUGUAA